AUGGGUAAAGAAGAAGAGAAGAAAGCGGUCAUGGACCCUGAUAUGGGUUCUACCGGCUCGCCGUCUGACGACUUCGACGACGUCCACUUUACUGACAACGCCGACGGUCUGCACAGACGGCUCAACAACCGCCAGAUCCAGCUCAUUGCGAUUGGCGGCUCUAUUGGCACGGCGCUUUUUGUCUCUAUAGGCACGGGUCUUGCCAAGGGCGGUCCUGGCAGCUUGCUGCUCGCCUUUACGCUCUAUCCCUGCGUGUUGGCUCUUGUCAACAACUCGCUGGCUGAGAUGACUGUCUUGUACCCCGUUUCCGGCGGCUUCAUUCGCCUAGCUGGACAUUUCGUCGACGAUGCGGUCGGCUUCAUGGCUGGCUGGAAUUUCUUCCUCUAUGAAGCCCUGCUGAUCCCCUUUGAGAUUUCUGCUCUCAGCACGGUCAUGUCCUACUGGAGUGACAAGAUUGCCGACCCUGGCCCAACCGCUGGCAUUUGCGCUGGUGUCAUUGCUUGCUAUGCUGCACUCAACUUACUCGCCGUUCGCGGCUACGGUGAAGCCGAGUUUUGGCUAUCUGGCGGCAAGGUCAUCCUCAUCUUCAUUCUGUUCUUCUUCACCUUCGUCACCAUGGUUGGUGGCAACCCCCAACACGACGCAUACGGAUUCCGAGCAUGGUACGAGCCUUCUGCAUUCCUCGAAUACCUUAGUACCGGCCCCAAGGGCCGCUUCGAAGGCUUCCUCGCCUCGCUCUGGAGUGCCUCAUUCGCCGUCGUUGGCCCCGAGUACAUUUCCAUGGUUGCUGCUGAGGCCAAGCGCCCGCGAAUCUACAUCAAGGCUGCUUUCAAGACUGUCUACUACCGCUUUGGUCUCUUCUUCGUCGGCUCAGCUUUGGCAGUUGGCAUCAUUUUGUCUGCUAGAGAUAAGUCACUCUUUCAGCUUGUUUGGCCCGUCAAAGGUGGUGUUGGUCCCAUCAUUGGAGAACCAUACCCUCAGGAAUUCAUGCCAAAGGAAGGAGAUCAGAUCUCGGGCGGCGCUGGUGCUGGCGCAUCCCCAUACGUCAUUGCCAUGUCCAACAUGGGCGUCAACGUACUCCCUCACAUUGUCAACGCCCUCAUGCUUACCUCCAUCUUCUCCGCGGGCAACACCUACACGUAUUGCGCCACCCGCUCUCUGUACGGCCUGGCGCUGGAAGGCCGCGCUCCCCGCAUUCUGCGAAAGACGACCGCCGCUGGUGUUCCCAUCUACUGCUUUUGCAUCGUCAUGGUGUUCCCCUUCCUCUCUUUCCUCUCUGUCAGCUCUAGUUCCUACACAGUCAUUACCUGGCUAUCCAGCUUGAUCACUGCAGGAGGUAUUAUCGACUACCUUGUGGUAUCCGUCACCUUCCUCUUCUACUACUCGGCUUGCAAGAAGCAAGGCCUCGACCGCAACUCGCUGCCCUACACCGGAUGGUUCCAACCGUAUGGCGCUUGGAUUGCUCUUAUCAUUCAGAGCAUCAUUGUCAUCACGUAUGGUUAUGAGGUAUUCCGCGUACCCUUCACGGCCGAAGCUUUCUUCAAGCAAUACACUAUGCAGAUUCUGGCUCCCAUUCUCUUCUUUGGCUGGAAACUGAUUCACCGAACCAAGUUCGUCAGGCCAUCUCAGGUUGAUCUUGUCUGGGAGCGCCCCAUUAUUGAUGCGUACGAGGCGAGAUUCACGGAGCCCCCAGUUGGCUUCUGGAGAGAGAUCCUUGCCUUGUUUGGUUACAAGAAGGCCCGAGUCGCCCGAAUUGAGGGCUAG